AUGAUCUGUCGAAAACUCCUGUUAGUUUUAGUGUUAUGUGGGUUGACUUGUUCAUGUACAGCUCAGAGUCUGGUUCAUAGGGAUAAUUACACCUAUUUUAAUGUAUCUGGUUGUUUGGCAUUCUUUGCUCGUUCGAUAUCCGUAAAAUUCGUUAGCGGUAAAGCAGCCAGUAUCGUCCCUAUACCGGCAAGUUCAUUGUCACUUUCUCCACUCAGUCAAUGCUCUGAUCUAAAAUCGUUGCUCGUUUUCACAUCAUCAAAUGUUAAUGAAAUCUCCGACCUUAAUGUCAGCUUGGGUUUUAUCAAGUCUGGCCGUUAUUGGAGUGUGUCUGAAUCAUCUGUUAGUAUCAAGUGUCAGUCGGGUUCCAAAUCAUGCGUCAAUGUAGCUGGAAAUCCCUUGGUUAUGAAAUGGGCUGGAGCCCCUAUCAAUCUUGGUUACAAGUGCACCAAGCCUUCAGCUGCACCAGUAAUCUUACCGUCAGAUUCUGGGAAUUCAGUUUCUCUUCAGUUUGCUAGCAUCCAGGUUCAACCAUUCGGCGUAAAAGAUGGUGUGUUUGGUGAUGUCACAGAUUGUGUCGGAUUUCUAUUUCAAUAUCAAUAUGUCGAUGCAGUACAAGGAUGUAGUAUUUUUUAUCAAUUAGAUUUUAAAUGGAAAAAAGCAUUAUGUGAUUCUGAAUUAAAUAAACUUCAAGAAAUUCCAUUUGAUUUACCAAUAAAUUUAAUUGAAUUACGUAUUAUUCAUCAAUCAAUUAAAAAAAUUAAAAAAAAUUCAUCAUUGCAUUCAUUAAUUCAUUUAGAAUUAUUACAUAUUGAAUCAAGUGAAUUAAAAUAUAUUGAAUCGGAUACAUUGAAACAAUUAAUUUCAUUAAAAUCAAUUAAUUUACCUGAAAAUUUUAUUGAUUUUAUACCAGAUUCAUUUUUCAAUGGAUUACAACAUUAUAAUUUAAAAUUAAAAUAUUUAUGGUUAAAUUCAAUGAAAUCAAUAAAUGGUAUAAAAUUUGAAUCGAAUGAUUUUAUGAAACCAUUAAUACAAUUACGUUUAUUAGAUUUAAGUUAUACAGGUUUAUAUGAAUUAGAUUCAUCGAAUGAAUUAGCAUUGAAUAAAAUGAUUUAUUUAAAUGAAUUUUAUUUAGGUGGUAAUCCAUGGUUAUGUGAUUGUAAAUUAAAUUGGUUAAAAUUAUGGUUUCUAAAUAGAUCAUCAACUUUUUCGUCAACAAUAUCAAGCUCUUCAUCAGCAACAACAUCAUCAUCAUCAUCAUGA